AUGAAGGACUGGAGCAAACAGACUGUGGUCCAGCUCAAGGCCGAGUUGAAGCGCCGCGGUCUAGCCGUAGCCGGUCUCAAGCAGGAACUUGUUACGCGCCUUUCCGAAGACGACGCGACUGCUGCCGUCGCAGAGAAUGAAGCUGAGCCCUCUGAACCCGAGCCUGCAGAGGACCCCGAACCCCAACCUGUCGAGCACAAAGAGCCUACGGAGCCUACGGAGCCUUUAGAGCCUACCGAUGAUCCCGCUCCUGCGCCCGUCGAUGAUGCCCCGAAGGAAGUCGCGAGCACCGAAGCCGAGCCGGCAUCCACACCCGCGCCCGCGCCAACCGAGUCAGAGGCACCUCGUUCAGAACCCAAGCCCGUCGACGAAUUGGCGGCUCCUCCUGACUCGAACAAACAAGAUGCUCCAGCUGCAGUUUUGAUGACUGAAGCCUCCACGGAAUCCGCACCUCCUGCACCCGCAGAGAUAGCUCAGGAUGCUCAAAAACGGAAGCGACGAUCAGAGAGUCCUGUCCAGUCGGCCGAGGAGGUGUCCCGCAAGCGCGUCAAGGCGGACCAGGACGAGGCGCAGUCUUCUGAGCCAUCUGGCGUGAGUGGUGUCAUCAAAAAGAUCAAGGAGGGACUGGAGAACAAUACCAGUAUUGCGGAAGACAUCGCCAACGAUGCGAAGUAUAUUUCGGAUCAUGUGGCGGAGCCCACGAGCGAGCCUAUGGACAAAGAUUCACAGCCUCAAGAGACCAAGGAGGACGCUGAGGAUGUCGUAAUGAAGACAGAGGACGAUACCAUUGAGGAGGAAGCGACGGAAGGCUCUCACGGCGAUGCCUCGGCUCAGAAAGCAUCCAAGCAUGUUGACGACACCUCGAGAAGUGAGGACCAAGCUCUGGUGCCGCAAGAAUCCUUCGAAUCGGUUCAGCAGCUGCCGACUAAACAAGAUACUGGCGAUGCUAUGGAGGUUGAGCGCGAUGUGCAGCCCUCCCUUCAUCCUGCCACCAGAGCUCUCUACAUUAAGAACUUCAUGAGACCCCUUCGUGAGGAAGCGGUACAGGCACACCUCCUCGAGCUGGCGACUCCUACCGGCACAGACCCUGAUUCAGACGACAUCGAGGUUCUAUUCGUCGACCGCAUCAAAACUCAUGCCUUCGCCGUCUUCAGGACCACGGCUCAGGCUUCUCGCGUUCGCAACGCCUUGCAUGACGUCACCUGGCCUGACGAGCGCAACAGGAAGCAACUAUGGGUAGACUUCGUCCCGCCAGAGAACGUGACCGAAUGGAUUGACGAGGAGCAAAACCAGGACAGCGGUCGGGGAGGUACUCGCUGGGAAGUUUCCUACUCUCGCGAAGACGAUGGCUUCGUCGUUGCGCGUCUGACAUCUGGCACUGCGCCUCCGCCGGCAGUACCAGCACCUGAGCCAGCCAGACAAAUCCCCUCCGGACCUGCUGUUAAGGACGUUAACGCAAUUUCUCUGGGGCCUCGCGCCGGAAGAGGAACAGAUGGCGCGCCGCUGGGGCCCCGAGGGGACCCCCCUCGUGGACCGAGUGGAAGAGGCCCUCGACAGAUCCAAGAUUUUCCCGGUGGCCCUCUGCAAACGACAAACAAAAGCCCACAGAUCUCCUAUCAACCUGUCACUGAUGACUUGGCCAACAGGAGAAUCCGCAAUAUGCGUUCCUACUACACUCAGGACCUUCAACGAGACAUGGGCCCGGAGACCGACAUCAACCGCUAUACAUUCGAGCAGGGCGACGGCUUUGUUGACAGGGGCAAGGAAAACUUCGUCGGCAUCCGGCCGCCGCAUAGAGAGAGAGGAGGUCAACGUCGUCCAGAUAGGGGCCCUGGUGGCCGUGGACCUCCUCCUCGUGGACCGCCUCCUGGCCGCGGCAGACGUCAGAACGGCAACCGUCGCGGUCCGCGCCUCCUGAGUGAUAGGUACCUUCCCGGUAUUAAUGAUAGCGGACCCUACAGGCAGGGAGACCGUGGCAACUUCGGAUCCCGCGGCGAUGAUCGUGAUAGGCGGUACUAG